CUCUUGGCUUUCUGCAGGGCUAUCCGUUACGUUCUCUAGUUGUAGCAGCCGUCGUUGACAUAGACAGCGCGAAUUCAACCUUGGUAUCCUUGCAACCUGGCGAUAGCUCACUGCUAUUCAAUUAGCCCGAUAGCGGAAUACGCACACGACUUUAUCCUAAAUACCUUUUGUCGGCUUCAUAUGCUGUCAAGUUGGACGGAUUUGAUCUUACUGUAAGCGCUGUCCACUGCACAGUGGAUGGCGAGUCCAUAUAGGGAUGGCAUCGUUAAGCGCUUGAACUUCGGACCUGAUAUCCCAACACCGCUAAGCUUUACGUCGGGGCGGCGCGGUGGAGGAUGGGCGCGAACUCCAGCUGCGCCUAGCGUGCCGAGCACUCCCGGUCCGCCGGGCAGCGCACAUUCAGGCGUUGUACGGUACGGGCUACCUGAAGAGGAACUCCGUGGCACGGAGCGCCGCACCGUCAGCCAAUCCCGCUCGUACCGCAUCCCCAGCGACGACGAAUGCGACACCGAUGACGAUGCGACGAGCGCUGCAGCUCCGGUGCCGGCGGUCAGCCGACCGGACGCCGUGGAGGAGCAGCGGCGGCUCCUGCAGCAGCAGAUGGAGGCGUCCCUCGAGACGUUGAAGCAGAGCAAGCAGGAGUCCUGGCGGGAGCGGCUGGCGGAGGUGGAGGCGCAGCUCUCCGCCAAGCUGAGCCUGGUGGCCACAGCGGCACAGCGGAAGCAGGACGACCUCCUCCGCGGGGACCAGGAGCAGCUCCGGCAGCAGCAGGCUCGGCGGCAGGAGGUGCUGCAGCGGGUGAGCCGCUCGCAUGCCACCGAGGCGAGCAUGCAGGAGCAGCAGAUCAAGCGGCUCAUGGAGCAGCGCGAGGAGGAGCGGCGGAAGGAGGAGGAGCGCCGGCGGCGAGAGCGGGAGGAGGAGGAGCGGCGGCGGGAGCGCGAGAGGCAGGAGGCCGAGAAGGAGCGGCAGCGGAAGGAGGAGGAGGAGAGGCAGGCGCGGGAGCGAAAGGCUAAAGAGGAGGCUGACAAGGAGGCUGAGCGGGUACGGCAGACAGCGGAAGAGGAAGCCGACAAGCAGCGUCAGGAGGCGGAAGCCAAGAGCAAGAAGGCCGCUGCUGCUACUGGUGCUGGGGCGCACCCCUGUCUGCGGGUGUCCCCCGCGGCUCAGGAGCAGGCGGCGCAGCUUGCUGCUCGGCUGGCGGAGGCGCAAGCGGCGCUGCAGCCGCUGUUGGAGGAUGAGGGCGCCAAGAAGCAGCGGCGCGACAUUGAGAAGAAGAUGACGGUGCAUGUGCAGCAGAUCUGCGGGACGCAAAACCAGGUCAUGGUGAAGUGCCAGGACGUGUACACGCUGUUGAACGGGCUGCAGGGCGUGUGGCGCACCUUUGGGGUGAUGACGCUGUGUCGCAAGAUCAUCAGCCAACAUGGGCUGGUGCAGCAAAACAACAAGGCCGCCUUCCCGCUCGCUCUGGUGGUGGUCAAGGUGUCCCAGGUGGUUCCGGAGCUCAUGGAGCUGCUGCUGGCGCUGCUGCACAAGGCCUGCCCGCUUGCCGUACCCAGGGCGUACGUGCACGACCCGGCCCGCAUCACCAACAAUGCGUACUACAGGGGCAUGGGUUUCGAGGAGCUGGACGACCCAUCCGCGCCCGCCGGCAAGGUGUUUGAGAGCCCCGAUGAGUACGCCAGUCGGCUGGAGGGGCUGAUGCUGCUGUACGGCGCCAUCAUGCAGGCUGACGACCCCAACCGUCACGGCGUUGCCCACGCCUGGUCCUACCUGGCCCGCUGCCUCAACCACCUGCCGCCCGACCGCUACUCGGCCAAGGCGCUCAUCGCAGUGCUGCGGGUGGCGGGAUACGCGCUGCACGUCAGGUAUCGCGGGCAGUUCACCAAGCUGCUGGCCGCCAUGCAGCGGGAGUACCUGCCAGGGCUGCGGGCGACUGCGGGGGACGACAUUGGCGCGCUGGCUACCGUGCUGGAGAGCUACGUGACGGACGGGGUGUUCCGGCGGCCGCCCGAGGGACGCAACAUGCCCACGUUUGAUAUCUCGUCCAUGGAGGGCAACCGCGCUUGAGGAGGGAUGGAGAUGGAGGGAUGGGCUAGGAAGGGGCUUGAGAGGAGGUGCGAGAGCGUGAUGUUUGUUGUGACUGGGCGGAAGGAGCUUUGAGUUGGUAGAAUUAGAGGAAGCGAAGUAGGACUAGGGGUGGUUUGUGGUGUUUGAUGGAUGUUGCUGUCGGAGGAUGAGGAAACAGACCGGCAGGGCAGGGACGACAGGAAGGUGACGAAUGGUCCGCGGUUCUUAACAGCCGAUUAUCGAGGGCUCCUGCUAAAAAGACGGUGCUAUUAGACCUUGGACAACUCGUCGAGAACGAGGGGCGUGCUCAACGAAGGACGCGAGCCGUUGGCCCCAGUAUCUGUGGGUCGGUCUUCACCUUCGUUCUCAUUCGACAUGUUGACGCAACAGGGUGUUCUUCGGGGCUCUGGUGGCGGUAACUUGGCAAGGGCAAUUUCAAUUGGUCGUUGGUCAGCAAACCAGCGUUGCGUUGGAAUUAUC